CGAGGGAUAAUUUUUCAAUGGCAUAAAAUUUCUAAAUUUACGCGUUAUUUCUCACUUCAAUUUUUAUUUUUCUUCCGCUCUUUAAUGAACUUUGUUCAUCAUGACCGAACAAAAAUCAAUUAGCUCAGCGUUAUUCAGUCUCCAUGAAACUUUACGUAAAUUACAACAACAACUACCAUGUCUCGCGGAAUCAGCAACAGAAGUCGACAAGAUUCAAAGGCGACCUAAUGAGCUUCAUGCUUUGGGUCCUUUCAACAUAGACGAAGCAAGAAACGAAUUCAACGCUCAAAUCAGUAGCAUAAGAGACAUUUGCUCUCAAUUCGAAUCUGAAGUAUUGGAAGACGUCAUGAAAAUGGGCGCAGGCGCCGAUCCCGCUUUUAGAAAACAUUUCACCCAUCUUAAAGAGCAAGCCAACCUAGAAAGCACUGUGAUGCGAGUAAAAGAGAUGUUAAAAAUGACCAACGAGUUUCUCGAUAAAUCGCAAAAGGAAAAGGAGGAGUUGAAGUCAUCGAUAAUAGAAAAGCAGCAAUUACGAAAGAUCGCACACUCGCUAGGUCUAGUAACAUACGAAGACGCUAAGAUGGAUUCAAGCCCACCAGUAACGACCAUUACUUUAGCUGGUGAAGUAAUUGUGGUUGACAUUGACAUUGAUGAUACUGGCCGAAUUUUAGAAACCAAAGUGACCUAUGUAUCAGAUACAUUACAAAACCUUGAUGGAGGCGUUGAAAAAAUGUUAAUUGAUAAUUUGAAGAACAGCGAAUUUAAUCUAUUCAAACGGAAUUUGAGCAGCUUAGCAUCGUUAGCACAACUCAAUAUCACAUAUAGACCUGUUGAUUUUUUUAUACUCAUCAAGAAUUUAUUUGACGAUAUGAAAUCAAUAUGCAACAGAGAAAUAUCAAUUAAACCAGAUAUGGCUUGUAUAUUAGUCGAAGGUCACGGUAUCCCAAGUUUACACUUCAAUUUUCCUGGUAUAUCUAUUGCGUAUUGGAUGGAUAUAGACAUGAUCAACCAAACUACCUGGGAUGAAGUAAAAACUGCCUUUGACAAUGGAGAGAAUCCUUUGCAGUUAGCAGAUUCGCAUCGACUUUUGCUGUCAUUCGAGACUUCUAUUCAACUUAUACCAUAUUUACCUUCAACAAGAUCAUCUUAUCUUAUUUCAAUGGAAGAAACAGAAGAAUCGAUAGAUCAAGAGCAAUUCAAAAUUGUCACAGAAGGAGCUUCGCCAUCCUUUUCGGAACCACUUAGAUUUAUCAAACCAUCAACAACGCAUUCUGAUAUUAGUCCAAUUCCUUUACGAUUUGUAUUUAAUCUUGAACCGCCUUUACCUGCUUCAGAUGUGAUUUGCCAGCAGUUGUUAAGUGUGACAGGCCUAACGAAUGUCAAUAUCUGCAAUAAAAUGGCUGCACCAGAAAGAAUAUCUUUUGAAUCGUCAUCAUUAUCUUUAGAAGAGAUACUAAUGCUUGAUAUAACUAAAAGUAGCGUUAGGCAACAGGAGCAACAGCAUGCCGAUGAUUCUGGACAAUUUGAAUGGGUUCAUCGUUCGCAAGAAACACCGGAUCAAAUUUAUCAUUGGAAAAAUUCUUCAAGUUCGAGCGCCAAAUUGAUCACUCGGGUUCCAUUUCAGCAUCCGGUUCAAAUAUACAACAUCUUACAAUGUCUUCGUCGGCAGCAAAUGUUUAAUACCUUAUAUAAAAGUAUUAUCAAUAAUAGCAAUAAUUCAGUAACCGAAGCUGAAAAAGACCAAAAAUCGUUUAUGCUUUCAUUGAACGAUAUAUUAGCAGGUAAGACUGAUACAGAUCGGAUUAAUAUUGAUCGAACUAAGUGUAAAAAAGGGGCUACUAAUUUCCUACUGUUUUUAUCAACAGAGAGCGAGCAGAAUGAUUCUAAGUUACAAAUCGAAGUGGUCACUUUAGAUGCACCAAACGCUAUGCACAUUACCAUUUUACCGCCACCUUCAUGGGGGGCAGAACAGUUUGCCAUGAUACCCAUCUCUAUUCAAAUCCCUGCUGAUGAACCCACGAAGCCUCGGGUAAUUUUACACUCUCCACCAAAGUUAGGACAAUCUUGGAAUCCUGCGGUAUUUGAUGAAGCGAUAAUGACUCAAGACCUUCAAUCAAGUUAUAAAAUCCCCGUUUUAGUCCGAUCCCUUUACCAAAAAAUGUCCAUCGCUGAUACCCUACUAAUUAACUCACUGAAAAGACCUCUAACAUCAAAGGAUGACGAAGACAAAAAUGAUCAACAUAACAAAUACAUCAAAAUGGAAAUUGAUGAGUAACUACAUGAUUAUUAUUCUUCCACAAUAAACGUUCUCAUAGACAUAGCUA